GAUGGAUGACACGGCGCGCGAUGCGGUUGGUGGAGGGUCCAUCGAGGGCUCCGAGGAGGGCUCGGAGGUGGCUGAAGCAGCGGAGGCUUUGUCACCGCCGGAUCCAAGACCGCAGGCCUCUGCUGCUGAAGCUGCGGUUGCGCAGAAGCCGGAAGGUGAAGAGGUGCCUGCAACGGAGGUGCAGCCAGCGGCUGCCCAAACUCCAGAGCAGCCAGAGGAACCUCUGCCAGAAGAGCUACCUAGAGAGCAGCCUCCCCCAGAGGAACCGUUGCAAGAAGAGCCACCAGCCGAAAUGCCUAAAUGGCCAGAUGUUCAAGUGCAGGUAGAGACUUUGCAGGAGGCAAGCAUUGAGGCCGAGGCCGAGCCAGCAGCCCAGGCAUUUGAGGAACCCGAGCUACCGGCAGGCACGGCUGCUCCCGAGCCAUCAGCGUCAUCGGAGGCAGCGCCAGAACCAAUCCCAACGCCCCAGCCAAAGCUUGAGGAAGUCAGUGAUGCAGGGGGCCCCGGGGCCGCACCACCUCCACCACAGGUGGCUGCAGAAACCACUGAGACCGACGAGGUUGCAGAAGGAGCUUCACAGGCCCGUGAGCUGCCGUUGCUGCCAAGUGACGAGGCAGAAGCGGGAGAGAAGGCCCUGGCGCCCCACUGGACGCAGCGAGGCGGGAAAUGGCAGACGCGUGGCUCCCGGCUUAGCAGUGAUGAGGAGGCAGAGAUUGAGGAUGAUGAAGAG